UAAUCUGACUUUCACUUUUUCUAAUCUUCUUCUUCUUCUUCUUGAUCACUACAAAAAACCUGUCUCUCCCUUCACGUUAUCCUCUUUCACUUCCUGUGCAUGCACUUCAUGAAUAUUAAUAUAUAGUAGUACCUUCUUGUUCUUGUUUUUCGUCUAAUCAUUCCUCUGACAUUGAUGAGCUUCUUUUUACCACUUUUUGCAUUUCUUUCUCUUUUGGUUCUGUUGUUUUUCGUGUGUCACUACUCGUUUUACGAGGCAGAACCGUUCAAUUCAACCUACUCAACAAUGUACGCCAAAAAACAAAACAAAAAAUGUAUAUAUAUAGUAGAUUGCACUUGUUUUAGAUCAGUCUCUGUGUGUUAUUCGUUCAAUCUUUUGAGUAUUAAACCAGAGGUAUGUGGAUCUUGAUUAUUUUUUUAAUUUUUUUUCAACUGCUUGGAUUACUUUUAUUGAGUCAAGCUUUAUCGGAAACAAUCUCUCUGUCCCACAAAGUUGGGUAAGGUCUGCGUACAUUUUACCCUCUCCAGACCCCACUUGUGGGAAUACACUGGGCAUGUUUGUUGUAGUUUGUGGGUUUUGAGGGAAAGUUGAAAAGAGUUUGAUGAGAGAAAUGGAAGGUUUCACUGGACUAAGUCCAAGAUUGAACUCAAUUUCAUUGGAUAAGGAUAAAAACCAUGACCAAGAUUUUCAAGAUUCCCAAUUAGAGUCAACAGAUAAUGGUGAUCAGCAAAAUAGGCAUUUUCAUUCAAUGGAUGCAUUGGAAAUUGUAAGGGAAACUGUGAGGAUUCUUUGGUAUAAUCCUAUUUGUUUCUUGUCAAUUGCUGCAUUGUUUAUUUGUCCUGUUUCUACUGUUCUUUUAUCUAAUGUUUUAGUUGAUCAAUCCAUUGUAAAGAAAUUGACUUUUAGGUUGUUGCUAUUGGCUAAGUCCAGUGGGCUUCCACUUAAGCCUUUUAUCAGACAAUCUUGUCAAAAGUUCUCUGAAAUGGUGAUUUCAGCUGUAAUGUGUUUUCCAUUAUAUGUUACUCUAUUGCUCUUGUCUAAAGCUGCUAUAGUAUACUCAGUUGAUUGCACUUACUCGAGGAAGAAUUUCGACUAUAAAAAGUUCUACAUUAUCGUUACCAAGAUUUGGAAACGUAUCGUGGUGACUUAUUUGUGGGUGUGUAUGGUGAUUGCCAGCUGUCUCACGUUGUUUCUCGUACUUCUUGUUGCGGUUAGCAGUGCUUUUUCUGUUAUGGGGUUCCCUUCGGACUUGAUUUUGUACCCUGCGAUGAUAGUUGGGAUGAUUUUCUCAAUGAUUCUAGCAAAUGCUAUGAUAAUUUGCAAUAUUGCUAUUGUGAUAUCUGUUUUGGAGGAUGAUUCUGGACCGGACGCAUUGCUUAGGUCUAGUUCUCUCAUUAAGGGGCAAACACAAGUUGGGCUGCUGAUUUUCCUCGGAUCGACUAUUGGGAUGGCAUUUGUGGAAGGCUUAUUUGAGCAUAGAGUGAAGAUAUUAAGCUAUGGAGAUGGAUCUUCAAGAAUAUGGGAAGGGCCUCUUUUGGUAAUUAUGUACUCGUUUGUGAUGCUUAUUGACUCCAUGAUGAGUACUGUUUUUUACUUCAGCUGUAAAUCAUUUAGAAUGGAAUCCUCAAAUGAAGAAAGUCUACCUGUAUUAGAAGCCUUGACAAUUUCCUCAGCAUUAGAAGAAGUUCAAUAACAGCAUGUUUGAAAACUAAUUUUACGGCUUGUAAAGCUAUUGGGAGUCUUUCAUUGUACUCGAUUAGUACAAAGAAUGUUCGUUGGAAGUUUAGAAUGUAGACACAGAAUUAUCAUAAGAAAAGCUCAACUGAGAUAGCACAAGUUUAAAUGUGUACUAUUCUUUCUUCAUUCAUAAUGAUAAAGAUACUCUGAAUUUUCUUU